AUGAUAACAACCACAGUUCCUGCCGUGACAACGACACCUGCCACUGCUGCAGCAGCCAUCACAGCCACAGUUGCUGCAACAACAACCACAGCUGCUCCAACUACUACCACAGCUACUGCUGCAACCACAGCUGCCCCCACAACCACAACAGCUGGCAUGACGACUACGACAAAUCCGGUCACAACAACCACAUCUGCUUCGACUACAACAACAGCAGCAACCACCACAAUCACAGGAGCUGCCACCACAACCACUACUGCUCCUACUACAACCACAGCUCCUGUCACGACAACCACAGAUGCUCCAACUACAACCACAAAUGGAGUCACAACAUCCACAGUUUCUCCCACAACAACCACAGCUGCUGCCACAACAACCACAGCUGCUGCCACAACAACCACAGCUGCUGCCAUCACAACCACAGUUGCCGCCACAGUCACUACAGCAGGCAUCACAACACCCACAGCUGCUUCGACUACAACAACAGCAGCAACCACCACAAUCACAGGAGCUGCCACCACAACCACUACUGCUCCUACUACAACCACAGCUCCUGUCACGACAACCACAGAUGCUCCAACUACAACAACAAAUGGAGUCACAACAUCCACAGUUUCUCCCACAACAACCACAGCUGCUGCCACAACAACCACAGCUGCUGCCACAACAACCACAGCUGCUGCCAUCACAGCCACAGUUGCCGCCACAGUCACCACAGCAGGCAUCACAACACCCACAGCUGCUUCGACUACAACAACAGCAGCAACCACCACAAUCACAGGAGCUGCCACCACAACCACUACUGCUCCUACUACAACCACAGCUCAUGUCACGACAACCACAGAUGCUCCAACUACAACCACAAAUGGAGUCACAACAUCCACAAUUUCUCCCACAACAACCACAGCUGCUGCCACAACAACCACAGCUGCUGCCACAACAACCACAGCUGCUGCCACAACAACCACAGCUGUCUGCUCCAACUACAACCUCAACUACGUCCAUGAUAACAACCACAGUUCCUGCCGUGACAACAACACCUGCCACUGCUGCAGCAGCCAUCACAGCCACAGUUGCUGCAACGACAACCACAGCUGCUCCAACUACUACCACAGCUACUGCUGCAACCACAGCUGCCCCCACAACCACAACAGCUGGCAUGACGACUGCCACAAUUCCGGUCACAACAACCACAUCUGCUUCGACUACAACAACAGCAGCAACCACCACAAUCACAGGAGCUGCCACCACAACCACUACUGCUCCUACUACAACCACAGCUCCUGUCACGACAACCACAGAUGCUCCAACUACAACCACAAAUGGAGUCACAACAUCCACAGUUUCUCCCACAACAACCACAUCUGCUGCCACAACAACCACAGCUGCUGCCACAACAACCACAGCUGCUGCCAUCACAGCCACAGUUGCCGCCACAGUCACCACAGCAGGCAUCACAACACCCACAGCUGCUUCGACUACAACAACAGCAGCAACCACCACAAUCACAGGAGCUGCCACCACAACCACUACUGCUCCUACUACAACCACAGCUCCUGUCACGACAAUCACAGAUGCUCCAACUACAACCACAAAUGGAGUCACAACAUCCACAAUUUCUCCCACAACAACCACAGCUGCUGCCACAACAACCACAGUUUCUCCCACAACAACCACAGGUGCUGCCAUCACAACCACAGGUGCCGCCACAGUCACCACAGCAGGCAUCACAACAACCACAUUUGCUCAUUUAACAACCACAGCUGCUCCAACUACAACCACAAAUGGAGUCACAACAUCCACAAUUUCUCCCACAACAACCACAGCUGCUGCCACAACAACCACAGCUGCUGCCACAACAAUCACAGCUGCGCCAAUUACAACAACAAAUGGAGUCACAACAAACACAGUUUCUCCCACAACAACCACAGCUGCUCCAACUACAACCUCAACUACGUCCAUGAUAACAACCACAGUUCCUGCCGUGACAACGACACCUGCCACUGCUGCAGCAGCCAUCACAGCCACAGUUGCUGCAACAACAACCACAGCUGCUCCAACUACUACCACAGCUACUGCUGCAACCACAGCUGCCCCCACAACCACAACAGCUGGCAUGACGACUGCCACAAUUCCGGUCACAACAACCACAUCUGCUUCGACUACAACAACAGCAGCAACCACCACAAUCACAGGAGCUGCCACCACAACCACUACUGCUCCUACUACAACCACAGCUCCUCUGCUGCCACAACAACCACAGCUGCUGCCAUCACAGCCACAGUUGCCGCCACAGUCACCACAGCAGGCAUCACAACAACCACAGUUGCUCAUUUAACAACCACAGCUGCUCCAACUACAACCUCAACUACGUCCAUGAUAACAACCACAGUUCCUGCCGUGACAAUGACACCUGCCACUGCUGCAGCAGCCACCACAGCCACAGUUGCUGCAACAACAACCACAGCUGCUCCAACUACUACCACAGCUACUGCUGCAACCACAGCUGCCCCCACGACCACAACAGCUGGCAUGACGACUACCACAAUUCCGGUCACAACAAGCACAGCUGAUUCGACUACAACAACAGCAGCAACCACCACAAUCACAGGAGCUGCCACCACAACCACUACUGCUCCUACUACAACCACAGCUCCUGUCACGACAACCACAGAUGCUCCAACUACAACCACAAAUGGAGUCACAACAUCCACAGUUUCUCCCACAACAACCACAUCUGCUGCCACAACAACCACAGCUGCUGCCACAACAACCACAGCUGCUGCCAUCACAGCCACAGUUGCCGCCACAGUCACCACAGCAGGCAUCACAACACCCACAGCUGCUUCGACUACAACAACAGCAGCAACCACCACAAUCACAGGAGCUGCCACCACAACCACUACUGCUCCUACUACAACCACAGCUCCUGUCACGACAACCACAGAUGCUCCAACUACAACCACAAAUGGAGUCACAACAUCCACAAUUUCUCCCACAACAACCACAGCUGCUGCCACAACAUCCACAGUUUCUCCCACAACAACCACAGGUGCUGCCAUCACAACCACAGGUGCCACCACAGUCACCACAGCAGGCAUCACAACAACCACAGUUGCUCAUUUAACAACCACAGCUGCUCCAACUACAACCUCAACUACGUCCAUGAUAACAACCACAGUUCCUGCCGUGACAAUGACACCUGCCACUGCUGCAGCAGCCACCACAGCCACAGUUGCUGCAACAACAACCACAGCUGCUCCAACUACUACCACAGCUACUGCUGCAACCACAGCUGCCCCCACGACCACAACAGCUGGCAUGACGACUACCACAAUUCCGGUCACAACAAGCACAGCUGAUUCGACUACAACAACAGCAGCAACCACCACAAUCACAGGAGCUGCCACCACAACCACUACUGCUCCUACUACAACCACAGCUCCUGUCACGACAACCACAGAUGCUCCAACUACAACCACAAAUGGAGUCACAACAUCCACAGUUUCUCCCACAAAAACCACAGGUGCUGCCACCACAACCACAGGCGCCGCCGCCACAACCACAGGGUCCGCCACCACAACCACAGGUACCGCCACGGUCACCACAGCAGGCAUCACAACUGCCACAGUUGCUCAUUCAACAACCACAGCUACUCCAUUUACAACCUCAACUACGUCCACAGAUGCUCCAACUACAAACACAGUUGGCGUUGCAAAAACCACAGCUUCACCAACAACUACAACUACAGCUGCUUCCUCUACAAGCACAGCUGCUGCCACUUCAACCACAACAUCUGCUCCCACAACUACAGCUGCCACCACAACAGCCACAGAUUCUCUAACUACAAACACAGCUACUACCACAUCAACAACUUAUCCACCUACAACCACAGUAGCUUCCUCUGCAACCACACCUUCUGCCACAACAACUACACCUGCUGCCACUACUACCACAGCUGCUCAAACUGCAACCAACGCAGCAGCCAACACAACCACAGCAGCUGCCACAACAACCAUAGUUGCUGCCACAACAACCACAGCAUCUCCAACUACAAUCACAGCUGACAAAACAACAACCACAGCUUCUGCCACAAAAACUACAGAUGCUCCAACUACAACCACAGUUUUCGUUACAACAACCACAGCUGCAACUAUAACAUCCACAGCUUCUGCCACAAACACCACUGUACCAACGACAACCAAAAUUGUUCCCACAACCACCACAGCCACCGCUACCACAACUAAGUCAACAGCGGCACCGACAGCGAAUGAGGGGUCAAUGGGAUUAGGAUUCAGAAUGUUCCGUGCAUUCCAAAGUGACUAUACUGAUUCUUCAACAACAGCAUAUCAGGAACUGGCAGAAAAUGUUACCACAGAGGGCACCAGUGGCGAAUUUGCCAAUCUUGGUAUUCUCUGGCAAAUAGCAAACGUCCUGCACGUGUUGGGCUGUAAGCACAACCCCCACCUGUGGACGUCGGGCCCUCAUACCACCCUCAUGGAGAACUACAACUUCUGCAGCCACCACAGUUGCCGCAACUACCACAGCCACCACAACAACCACAGCCACCCCCACAACAACAACAACAGCUGGUCCUACACCAAACACAGCUGCUUCAACAACAUCUGUUGUUGA